CGGAUCCACGCAGACAGAAACUCACGGAUUGUUUGUGUUUAUUCACUUUUUAUUUUUCAUGUUUUCAAUAUUAAGCUGACGUCACUGCAGUGGGCGGGGCUAACGUGCACCAAGCGCGUCACUUUGUUAGAAACAGCGUUCACCAGUAUAAGCAUUUAUCCAAGAUGUAUCAUUAAACUACUGACUCUGUUUCUGCUCUUUCACAGACAGACAGACAGACAGACAUACAGAGAGACAGACAGAGAGACAGACAGACAGAGAGACAGAGAGACAGAGAGACAGACAGAGAGACAGACAGACAGACAUACAGACAGACAGACAGACAGACAGACAGACAGACAGACGAACGAACGACAUUAGGAGGGUGAUGGAGCCAAGCACCCUGCCAUGGCCUGGUGACAGACAGACAGGUGAGGGACAGACAGGUGAGAAACAGAGAGGUGAGAGACAGACAGGUGAGGCGGUGAGCUGGACAGAGAGUGAGAGACAGACAGGUGAGGAGAACCAGCUGCCGGAGAGAGCAGCUCAGGUGUUCAGUCCUGCAGUCACCGUGCUGAGAGACCCUGAGGCAUUCUGGGAAACGCAGUCCGAGAAAAGCCCUUUCCUGGGUCCCCAAGGACUACAGGACUACAACCAACAUGGCUUCCAGUACGAGUCGACAGAGGACACCCCCCCUAACAAAUGUGGGGGGUGCAGGGAUGUGCUGAAGCUGUCUGUCUCUCUGGGGACGGCGGCCCUGUUCUUCCCUCUCUUGGUGUGGGGGGGGUUUGUCUUCCUGCCGUUUGACGCCCCCCUGAUGGACGGCCCCCCCCUCAGAGUCGUCUACACCCUGAGGUGCUCCGUGUUCAGUGUGCUGCCUGUAGUCCUGGGUUGGGUGGUGCUGGGUGUCACUCGCCUCAGGUCCUCUGUGAUUGGCCCUCACUUUGAUGACGAGGCGAAGGGGGCGGGCCUUCCUGAGGUCUCUGUGCACCGACGCUUCGUCUCUGACUCCGCUUCCCUGUUCCUCAUCUACUUCCUGAACCUGUCCGUCAUGUCAGUGUACCUGAACCAGGACCACCUGAAGCUGGUCCCCCUGCUGACCGUGGUCUUUGCCUUCGGGAGGCUGGUGUACUGGGUUGCGGCGGCGUUCGGCAGCAGUAUCCGGGGUUUCGGGUUCGGCCUCUCCUUCCUGCCGAGCAUCGCCAUGACGGUCGCCAACAUGAUCUUUCUGUUCACGGUGGAGGCGGGGGGGUCGGUGUUCAGCCUCCCACCCGCCCCUCAGGAGGCGCUGACUCCACCCGCCGGCCGGCAGCGGUUCUGGGGAUGAUCCGAUGCUGAGAUGUUUUUUUAACCGUUAUUUUUUUAUAAAAGGAAACUUUCUUUAAAGGUUUCUGUGUUAAUAAAGUUUUAUUCUGAAAUGUUUGAAGAUGUAACCACCCCCCCCCCCCCUCCCCCCCCUCCCCUCCAAUGUUUAAUUAUUUUUUUGUGGGAAUCAACUUGUUUUAUUAUUUCCAUUUCAUUUAAAUAUCUGUUUAACAAACAUUAAUUAUUUGAUUCACACAAUAAAAAAAAUCUGCUUUUAUAAAAACAGUUUUCCCAUUUCACAAUAAAAGCAUGACAUAUUUGACUUUA